AUGCCAAUAAUAAUCAAAGACGCCAAAUGGAAGCAAACGGCCACCGACGUCGUGAUAACGGCGCCGAUGCCGCUGAAGAACGCCCGCGGAUCCAAAGUCGACGUCCUCAUCUCCGCCCGAUUCGUGAAAGCCUCCUUCGAGCAGUACUACUUCGAAGCGGUGCUCUUCUCCCCCAUCGACGAAUCCACCAGUAAAUGCAUCCUCACCGAGUCCAGCGUGGUGUUCGAGCUGAAGAAGCGACAGCAGGAGGAAUGGGCCAGCCUCGAACCUAACGUUAGCAAGCAAGAAAAGCUGGAGUUGAAGCGGCGAUUCCUCGAAGAAUCCUUCAAGAACGUACAAGAGCAAGCCAAGCGAAGGGACGACAGGAAACACGUGCUCAAAAGAGCCGCUGUCAAGAAGCAAAUCGAUUUAGACAGCGAAACAAGGCAAAAUAUCACCAAUAUAAGGAAGAUGGAAGAACAGAAAGCCUUAGGGGAUCUGGAGGAGUUCAAGAAGCGCAUGUCGAACAAAUUGCGAAGCAAAGUAACCGAACGGAAAGCCAUCAAAGCGGCCCCUACACAACAGGCGAAACCGCCCCAAGAAGUGCCCAAAACGAGGCGAUCGGCCACCGUCGAAAUAGACUUCACCCCCAGGCAGCUGCCCACCCCCUGCCGGGAGUCCAAGCUGGAGGAGGAGCACGAGUUCCUGGCGCAGCAGGCGAAGGCGCGCCGCUCGGUGGGCUUCGUCAGCGAGGACAUCAGGCCGGAGGAGCGGAAUCCGCAGUUCGUCAAGGCCAAAGGGGACGAGUUCAUGCGCAACAAGAACUACUUGGGCGCCAUCAGCGCCUACAGCUACGGCAUACGGCUGAGCAAGAACUUCGUGGACUUGUACGUGGCGCGGUCGGAGGCGCAGCUGGCGCAGGGGAACUGCUGGAGGGCGGCGGAGGACUGCAGCAGGGCCUUGGAGCUGUUGCAGCCGAUCUGCGAGGCCAAUUUGUACGAGCGGGCCACGUGCAUCGGUCGAAGGGGCGAGGCACUGUGCAGGCUCGGCAUGAGGAAGGAGGGUCUCGAUGAGCUGAGGUUCUGUUUAAAGCUGCUCGAGCUCGAGCAUUACAAGGAGGUGCUUGAAAGAGAGGAGGUGUUGUAUGAGGAACAGCUGGAGAAGCAGGCGGAGGAAGAGAGAAAGAAAAAGGAAGCCGAAGAGAGGAAAGCGAAAUUGAAGGAAGAGGAAGUGAAGAAGAAGAAAGAGAAUGUGAUGAAACAAAAUAGUGAUGUAAAAGUUGUUAAUAGUACUAGUGAAGAAGGUAAUAAAAUAAAGAUAAGGGAACUGGAUGUUGAAAAAAAGAUAGAGGAAUUAGAUGAUGAAAAAAGUAGUGGAAUAAACAAAGGAGGAAUUAACAAGUGCGAUGUAAUGUAUGGUGAAAAGAAUGAUAUCACGAAACUGGGAGAAAAUAGUGAAUCUAGUGAGAUAGAAAUUAAUGGAGGUUCAAAUGUGGACUUGGUAAAUGAUGAAUGUACUCCAAGUAGCGAUGAAAAAAAUUAUGAAGAUGAGAAGGAAAUAACGGAUCCUGAAGAAAAUAAUAAAGAAAAAAGCGCUUGUAGUAUUUUGUGUAGCACUGAGAGUCUGCAUGAAGAUAGAAAUAAUAAAAUACUGCAAAAUAAUUAG